CCCACCCACCCCCUAAAUACAGUCGCCAUCUAUUUUUUGAUAGACAGUCACCAGUCUCCGAUCCAUCCAUCAAACAAUGGUUGCAAGCCAUGGAGUGAAUUACGCAACUCCGAGAGGGUUCGGAACCAAACUGCGAUCUGGUUUCAAAGAAACUUUGUUCCCUGACGAUCCAUUCAGACAGUUCAAGAAUGAAAACAAUUCUCUCCUUAGAAUCAAGAGAGCCAUCCAAUACUUCAUUCCGAUCUUCUAUUGGUUACCCAAUUAUAAUUUUGGUUUGUUCAAAUAUGAUGUUCUCGCCGGCCUCACCAUUACUAGCCUCGCCAUCCCUCAGGGCAUCAGCUACGCUAGACUCGCUAGCAUUCCUCCCAUUAUCGGCCUCUAUUCCAGUUUUGUGCCGCCGCUCAUCUACGCGGUGUUUGGGAGCUCAAAGCAUUUGGCGGUCGGAACUGUAGCGGCAAGUUCAUUGCUUAUAGCUUCAAUACUUCAUGGAAAAGUUUCGUCCCAAGAUGAUCCCACAUUGUUUCUUCAUUUGGUCUUCACUUCUUGUUUCUUCACAGGAAUAUUUCAAAGUGCUUUGGGUUUCUUAAGACUGGGAUUGCUUGUGGAUUUCUUGGCACAUUCAACAAUCACUGGAUUCAUGGGAGGGACUGCAGUGAUAAUCUGCCUUCAACAAUUGAAGGGACUAUUUGGAUUGACACAUUUCACAACCAAAACCGACGUCGUUUCUGUUCUGCAUGCGGUUUUUAGCCACACAAAUGAGUGGAAGUGGGAAAGCGCAGUAGUGGGGAUAGUGUUUCUCUCAUUUCUGCAAUUCACUCGAUACCUGAGCCAGAGAAACCCAAGGUUAUUCUGGAUGUCAGCAAUGUCUCCACUGGUCACUGUUGUGAUCGGCUGUGUUUUUGCUUACUUGAUCCACGGGGACAAACAUGGCAUCCCAACAGUGGGUGACUUGAAGAAGGGAUUAAACCCAAUUUCAAUUCAAUUUCUAAACUUUGACCCUAAGUAUUUAUCAGUCACUGUACAAGCUGGUCUCAUUUCAGGCAUGGUGGCUCUGGCUGAAGGGAUAGCCAUUGGAAGAAGCUUUGCAAUCAUGAGAAAUGAGACAAUUGAUGGGAAUAAGGAGAUGAUAGCUUUUGGUUUCAUGAACAUUAUUGGUUCUUGCACUUCAUGCUACUUGACAACUGGCCCAUUCUCAAAAACUGCAGUGAAUUUCAAUGCUGGAUGCAGGACACAAAUGUCUAACGUAGUAAUGGCAGUUUUCAUGAUGCUUGUACUCCUCUUCUUGGCACCACUGUUCAGUCACACCCCUCUUGUUGCUCUUUCCGCCAUUAUCAUGUCUGCAAUGUUUGGACUAAUCAAAUAUGAUGAAGCCAUUCACCUUUUCAAAGUUGACAAGUUUGAUUUCCUAAUCUGCAUGUCUGCCUUCUUUGGUGUCUCCUUUAUCAGCAUGGACAUUGGAAUCAUGAUGUCUGUGGGGCUUUGUAUACUAAGAGCAUUACUGUACGUAGCUAGGCCUCCAUCUUGCAAGCUAGGGAAAAUACCAGACACAGCUCUGUAUCGCGACGCGGCGCAGUAUCCGGGUACGGUGACAAUUCCAGGAGUUCUACUUCUGCAACUUGGUUCUCCACUUUACUAUGCUAAUGGAAAUUAUGUGAGAGAAAGGGUUUUGAGGUGGAUUAGGGAGGAAGGUGAAAUGAUUGAGUGUCUUCUGCUAGAACUAUCAGGAGUUACAGCGAUUGAUACGACUGGCAUUGCAACGUUGUCAGAAUUGCGCAAAAUCCUUGGAUCAAAAGACAUUAAGAUGGGAAUCAUAAAUCCGAGAUUGGAGGUCCUGGAGAAGAUGAUUACUUCAAAGUUUGUGGACGUCAUUGGCAAGGAAAAUAUAUAUCUAUCCAUUGAAGAUGCAGUUGAGGCGAGUCGGUUCUCGCUUAGCAAAAUCGAGAAGCAGAACUCUGUUAAUGAAAGCAAUUAGUUGUUCUGUUGUAGCUAAUGACCUGCAUUCGGCUCUACGUAAACACAUUUCCAGACAAAAGGAUAUAUACAGCUGACUCACUUAACUUGAUGAGUGAAAAUAAUAAUAGUUUCUCUGCGUAUCUAGUUUC